UUAUUCCAGAUCUGUAAGUCUUUUCAUCCUGCCUGCAUGUAGGCUCUAGUCUAAAGUAUCUACUAACUCAAAGAAUCACAACUUUUUGUAAUCCAAUCCCGUGCUAUGGACCCUUGACUUCAAUAAUUCAAUUCAAUCCUAUGAAAAACAACUUCUUGUAUACGCGGUUUCCUGGUUUACAGUCGUUUCCGUAGGAGAAGUGUGAACAUACUGGGUGUGUAACUAUGUUUUAUCCAGGUAUUCUAAAUUCACAGAAGUGAGAACAAAUGGGCAUAUUUUAAAAGUUGAGUUUUUAAAUAUUUGGUUCAAGCAGAAAUUAAGUAUAAGAUAACAGAUUAUUUGGUCAAAAUACAUAAUAGAUGAAAUUUGUGGUGGCUCUAGAUCUGCUUCUGUUUUUAGACUGUUGAUUUUGAUUUUUUAACCGUCGUUGUAUUCUUCUCAGAUUUGAGUCCCACAUACUACCUGAUCUCAUAGACUUCAUUAUAAAUCUUCAUUCAUUCAUUCCACUUAAUUGAAUUGAACUCAUUAAACCUGACUUGCCAUGUAAUCAUAACAUGCUCCCAUUAUAUUCAUCUGUUAUUUUUCUUGAUACUGAACGUUAUGUUUUAACCACUUAAUGGGGGCCACUAAACGUGGGUUCCUACUUAAUCAUAACGCACUUCCUUAUUCUGUUAUUACCCAUUAAUCAUUUUUUCUGUAGGACAUAAAUAUGUUUUAACCAUCUAAAUGGAGCCGCUCAACCUGGGUUCCUACCCUAACAUUAACAUAAUUCCUCCCUCCAUCUGUUCUUUAUCUGGCAUUUGGGGAAAUCUUCAUGUUUUAAACAAUUGCUGCUACUAACCCACGGUUCCCAGUUCCUACCCUAAUCAUAACACAUCCCUUUUAUUAGCCAUCGGUUAUUUAGCUGGUGAUUAGGGAAAUGCUAAGAGAUUUAGUUUACAUUUGGAAAUAUAUCUAGUGGAUGUCAUAUUUCUGUGUACCGAGUCAAUAGUUGUCUGCAGUGUACAAUGUACAGUAUAGACUUUUGAGUAUUGCAGGAUAACCAAUCUCUAUGACACAGUUUCCAAGAAUUUCUACUGAAAAAAGAAGCCACCAUCUUUUGUGAAUGUCUAAGUACUCCAUUGCCCGCAGGUGAACACGUAAGAAAAGGAUCUGUGUGGUGCACUGUCAUUUCAUGUCUGUCCCACCAUGCACUAAUCGCCAUCUUCCCAACCCCACAACCAAACUUUCUAUAACAACCACUGUCGUAUCAUCCGCAAGUCAUUCCAUUGACAUUUCCCCACUAUUUAAAUUUUUUUGCGAGAGUGAGAGGCCACCGAUAACCUACUUUAUACUGUUCAUCCUGCCCCUUCCCCACCUGCAGUUGUUGCAGUGCAGGAUCUGAAAGGUCUGUUUGUGUCUGCAUACUUUUAAAUUUUCAUAAAACAAAUAAAAAGGAAUGUGACAUGCAAGAAGAAAUAGACAACCAUGAUUACCCCAUAAGUAAAGAUCCAAUAUGAGACCCAGUUCCUACAUCCAUUCUUGAAGGAGACAUUUUUCGACUUUUGUUGUCAGAGGUAGCUUAAGCGGCAUUUGCAAGAUUUAUAUAUAUAAGGUGUUCAUUGCAAUGUGUGUGCGUUACUCUUGAAUUUGCCCAUAGUGUAGAUCCCGCAUGCAUUUAAUAUUGCUCUGAGUGGAACCCAAACUCUCCCAUAGACGAUUCACGUCUCACUAUAGUCUCUAGGAAACAAAUAAAGCAGUUAUGGAAUGCCUUGGUUAAAAAUCGAAGCAAUUGAUGAUGGGUCCUCAAUAUCCUAUGAGAUGGGAGAGCACUGGAGAGCAAUGGUGGUUUGCAACUCCGGUGGAUUGGGCAGCAGCCAAUGGAUUCUUUGAAGUUGUAAAAGAGUUGCUCAGACUAGAUGGUAAUCUUCUCAUCAAACUCACAUCUCUUAGGAGAAUCAGGAGGCUGGAAACUGUGUGGGAAGAUGACAAUGAGGCCUCCUUCAGAGAUGCAGCCAAAGGAAGAGGCCUGGUUGCCAGGGAACUCAUGGGUGAGUGUGAAACAAAGUAUGGUAACAUUCUCAUUGAUGGAGGCUAUGGUGGUUGGUUGUUAUACAGUGCUGCUGCUGCUGGCGAUAUCACGUUUGUCAGGUAUUUGUUGAAGAGGGAGCCAUUUUUGGUAUUUGGAGAAGGAGAGUAUGGAGUAUCAGACAUGUUAUAUGCAGCUGCCAGAAGCAAAAAUGCUGAAAUAUUCAGAGAAAUUCUUGGUCUUGCCAAUGAUAUCAAGUGUCUUAGAAAGAGUAAAGCUGAGGAUUCGGCUGCGGUGAUGUUUGCUGCUCCUUCAAGUUCAUCUUCUCUUUCAUUUCAAAUGCUGAACAGGGGUAUCCAUGCUGCUGCAAGAGGAGGGAAUGUGGAGAUACUGAGGGAGUUAUUGAAACAUUGCCCGGAUGUUAGUUCAUAUAGAGAUAACCGAGGUUCAACUGCUCUACAUUCUGCUGCAAGUAGAGGCCAAGCUGAGGUGACAGAGGAGCUGCUUCUGGUAUCUCCAGAUAUUAUAGCUUUCACAGAUGAUAAAGGAAACACACCGCUACAUAUAGCAGCUUAUAGGGGUCACUUGGGCAUUGUUAAACAACUUCUAUCAUCUUUCCCAUCUCUGCUAACUGCAAAAAACAAUGACGGUAAUACUGUCUUACACCUUGCGGUAGCUGGGUUUAGAGCCUCUGGUUUUAGGAGGCUUAAUAAGCAAAUGAAUAUUGUGAGACACUUAGUCUCAGAUAAAACUAUAGAUUUGGCAAGCAUUAUCAAUUGCAAGAACAAAGAAGGAAGAACUGCAAUGCAUCUUGCUGUCCUCGGAAAGGUGAUUCACAAAGGACUCGUGGAACUACUUAUGUCAGCACCAGGGUUAAAUAUCAAUGUUUGUGAUAAACAUGGAAUGAGUGCUGUUGAUAUACUUGAAUUAAACCUCGUCUCUGGUAUAACAUCAGACCCACUGCUUAAGCAACUUGCUUUAGCAGGUGGAAAACCAAUGCGUUCCGAGGACUCCUCUGUAAGUGAGGCAAACAUUUCUUAUGGAAAGCUCAAUUGCCCUGAUAACAGCCCAGGAACAUCAUUUAGAUCUUCAGACAGCAGUAUAUGCACACAAAUUGAAGAUUCAGAAAUUGUGGAUGCAUCCGUAAAGGAGCUAACUGAACGGAAUGCUGGGACCAAGUAUUUCAUAGGGAAUCAAAAGAAAUUUAGUACAGCUAGCCAUGCCAAACAGCGGCUUGCAACUCUUCUUGGAUGGUCUCAAGGGGGCAAAAUUAGUAAAAAAGGAGGGCAAAUUCAAGAACUUAAACAAGAUAUAACAGAAAACAGGUCUAAGUCAUCUGCAGAAAGAGGAAUGAGUGCCCAUUUCAUGCACGACAAGGAGUGGCCUCUUGACGGAUUUGAGAAUCCAUUCACACUACGAGAAAGAUUCUCAAAAACUUCAAUAUUGGGUAAUAAAAGUGACUCAUUUCUAAGAAAAACCCCAUCGAGUCCAUUCACAAAACACAGGUUUCCAAAACUUUGUGGCAAUGAUUUCAAUGGUGCAGUUUCACCGGGGAUCACCCCUUUUGCAUCGCCUUCGAGGUCGUCUUCUUUAUCACCCAUACGAUCUCCUUUGCAAAUACCUACAAGGUUUAAAGACUUAAUGCAAAACAAUGGAUCAAUUCAAAGACCAUCCAAGUCAUCUGCUAAAGAUGGUGCAGAGGACAAUGGCUCACUUGAUUCCUACUCAAGGUCACUAGAAGCCGCAAGAAACCAGUAUUUCUGCUUUGGAUUCCGUGCUCUGCCUACAGAGAACCUGAAGUCAAAAGACAUACCAGGGCCUCUGGAUAUCAAUGAUUCUUGCCAAGUUAGGCACUCCCUAAGUUAAUCUGAGAAGUUUUCUUCUCGAGGAACUGAGACGAAGGGAAUCUAGCACACUUUAGGUUAAAUUGGUUUAUAGAUAUUUUAAAGGUUAUUGACUUGUUCAGAUGAUAAUGUAUAUGAGGUUUUCGUAGUCAAUUAGGUUGUAAGUAAGAGCCUUAGAAAAAACUCUGUGAUUUCUGUUUAGAUGAUUGUUUUUAUGGGUGAUCCAGUAAAUGCUAGCAUACUUCGAAACCCUUCA